AAUUUGGACCAUGCACUUGUUGGUUUUACAAAUUUCAGUUUUGUACUCUUCCUUUCUGCUUCUCGGUGCUUGAGUUGAUAUCCAUUUAUGAUCUCUAUAAGAUUUCUUCAUUGCCCAUGGAUUGAAUGGUGUGAUAGAUUUUGCAUUCUGAAGGCCCCAGAGUCCAAUAGUCCUUUGCUUCUGCCUUCAAAUUCCUGGGCACAGAGGUCAAGUCCACCUGUUUCAAAUGGAAUGUUGCCUCCACAAGUAAAAUCCGGAAGUGGUACAACUGCAGGUAUGGUUCUAAACAUGAUUGAGGAUGUGGAGAUAGCAAUAUCUUCUCGAAAGGGUCAACUGGGUACUGCUGCUGGUGAUGUAGCAUUUUCAAAAGGAAAAGAGAAUCUCACUGUAUCUUCUCUACUGGGUUGACAAUUGCUGAGCUGUUUUGAUUUUAGAAAACAGCUCGCAGUGUAGCUUACUCUCUCUAUCUCCCCCCAUUCUCUCGUGUAUCAAAAGUCAGUGCUGCAAAUUUAGUUUUCAUCUAGUAUAUAUAUUACAUAUAGAUAUACACAAAACAAGCAUUUCCCCAUGUGGCUCAAGUGACCACUUUUCCGUGUGAGAAAUAAGGUGAAAUGCAGCAU